AUGAAUAAUGCGAGAACAGUAUUCGAAUUAAAUGGGCAUGAUGAAUCUACGCAUUGUGCUGGGAAUCAAAAAUCAAAAAAUCCCUUGGUUAAAGAUGAUCGUUCGAUAAUAAAUGCUUCACAUAAAGAGCCAUCUAACGAAAAAUUUGACGAAAUUAAAGAUAAACCUUGCAGAAAAGAGUUUUAUUACUCUAAUGUGUUAACCAAAGAGCAGUUAAAUAAUUUUAGGACAGUAUUAUGUAAUGACCAUCUUAAUUCAAAUUGCAUUGAUCCUGAAACAUGCUUCAACUCACAUUGUACUGCAUGGCAACGUAGGAACCCUACAAAAUAUAAAUACUCAUCUACUAUUUGUCCUGAUAUUGACUUUUCGAGAAAAGGAGCUAAAGGGAGAAUGUCACUAAAUUGUCGCUGUAGAAAAGGAAAAUACUGUGAAUUUGCCCACACAAAAGAAGAGGAGUUAUAUCACCCAGAUACAUAUAAAACAAAAAAGUGCAACGCUUUUCCAAAUUGCAAAAGAUUCUAUUGCCCAUUCAUUCAUGAGAUUGAAAAAAACUUAAAGGAAAAAAUAAACAGUAACAUAAUACCUAGUAUUUCUGAAAAUGAAAAAUCGAAUGAGAAGAGUAGAAUGAUGGAAAUAUUUUGUCCAGAUUCUCAAAAUGAAUUUAAAAGAAUUAGUGAAGUAAAUAUUGGCGAAUUGAAACAAGAAUUACUAAUGAAACUUGUAAAUUGCCAGAAAUUUGUGCUUGAAGAAAAAUACUCAUCAGCACAAAAUAUAGCUGAAGAUUUUAUCUCUAUGAUCAAAUCUUUGUGCAGAAGCUAUUUUCUUCCCGGCAUUUUUUCAGUAAGCUCAAAUUCAAAUAUAAUUAAUUCCGAGUGUGAAUUUUUAUAUACUGAAAAAAUGACCGACAAUGCCAGUAACAACCAUAUGAAGGAUGCGUUUCAUUUUUCUUUAAAUCUUAAUCAUUUCUUAAAAGAUGAAGAAUUAAAAAGAAAUUGCUCAUUAGGAGACUUAUUUACUCAAUAG